AUGUCGGGGGCUCCAAGGGAAAGAUCAGCAAAUGUUGCUGAUUCUCAGCCUAAGCAUGCUGAAUGCAAGGCAUUGAGGUUAAAAAAUGGGAAAAGACUCGUGUCAAAGACUUUGAGAACGGUGGAGGAGUCAGUAAAGGACGAAGGGGUCCAAUUAGAUAAGAAUAGACCGAUUGUUGUCACAAAAUUAUCUAAUCCAACACAUUCUGUUAGCGUUCCUUCAGUACUCCGACGACAUGAGUUGGUGGUGCAUUCGAAUUUGUCACUCAGUGCUUCGUGUUCGUCUGAUGCCUCUGCUGAUUCAUUUCGUAGUCGAGCCUCGACUGGUAGGAUGUACAGAACAAGUAGCACAUCUGGUUGGAGGAAGCAGUUGGGUUCAAAGGCAAAAAUUGUUGUUCCAAAUGGCGUCCCAGAAUCCUUACCUGAUGGCUUAGAGGCUAAAAGGAGUUGUGCUUGGGUCACAGCUCAUUCUGAUCCAUCUUAUGUAACUUUUCAUGACGAAGAAUGGGGAGUUCCAGCACACGAUGACAAUAAAUUGUUCGAGUUUCUUGUUCUUUGUGGGGCUUUGGCUGAACUCACAUGGCCUGCCAUUCUCAGCAAAAGGAACAUAUUUAGGGAAGUAUUUGCUGAUUUUGAUCCAAUUGCCGUUGCAAAAAUGAAUGAGAAGAAGAUAAUAGCACCUGGAAGCCCUGGACACUCUCUUCUAUCAGAGCCUAAACUGCGUGCCAUUAUCGACAAUGCACGCCAAGUAUCCAAGGUGAUCGAUGAAUUUGGAUCGUUCGAUAAGUACAUUUGGGGCUUCGUGAAAUGUAAGCCUAUAGUCGGCAGAUUCCGAUAUCCUCGUCAGGUUCCAGUUAGGACCUCCAAAGCUGAUAUGAUAAGCAAAGACCUAGUCAGACGAGGUUUCAGGAGCGUGGGCCCUACAGUUGUGUACUCAUUUAUGCAGGUUGCCGGUAUAACAAAUGACCAUUUAAUUAGUUGCUUUAGAUUCCAUGACUGUGAUGCUGCUGAAAAGGAGGAAGAUGGCAUCAAGGAGAAAGCCAACUCAGAGAUGGAACUUGAGCUUUGUGGACUGGUCGAUGAGUUGAAUUUCUCUUCAGAAUAA